AUGCCCCGCAUACCCGAACCCUACGCAAGCAAGAUCUUCUACUACACGCAGUACGAUAUGCUAUCCGAGCUCUCAAAAGGCAAAAAAUGGACGUUCGCUGAGGUGCGACCUGAUGGAAUUGUGGGUUUUACGCCGACGAGCAAUGCGAUGAAUCUAGCGCAGGGCAUUGGGCUGUAUCUGGCGAUUUACCGAGAAGUGCAUGGCGAAGGCGCAGAGGUCAACUUUCCUGGCUCGGAAAGAGGCUGGAAAUGCAAGCAUUCAGAUACGUCCCAAGGCAUCCUGGCCAAGAUGGAAAUAUACGCCGCGACACAUAUCGAACAGUGCGGAGGCGGUGGCGUGUUCAACAUCGCUGACGGCCAGACGGUAACAUGGGAGGAUAUUUGGCCCAAGCUCUGCAAGCACAUGGGAUUGGUAGGCAAGGGACCCUCACCUGACUCUACGCCAAUGGAAGAAUUUGUUAAGAAGUACACUGAUACGUGGCGGAAGAUGGCUGAGACGUACAGCCUAAAGGAGAAGGUGGUGAGGGAGCAGAACUGGCCGUUUGUGCAUUUUAUGCUCGUGGAUUUCGAUUUCGACAGGCAAUACGACUUGACUCGAAGCAGGGCUGUUGGUUUCGACGAGGGAAUUGAUACGCUGGAUGGAUACGUGAAGGCUUGGGAGAGAAUGAGACAGGCUAAUAUCCUGCCACCUAGGAUAGUGUAA